AGCAACGGUCUGCUGUACAUACGUGCUUUUUGUAACUGGACGGAGAGCACCGUCAGGUAAAAGGGAAAAGAAAACGCUCACGUACAGGCGGUGGCUUCCUUUGUCGCGGACAAGGGAAAGAGGGUGUGGGUUUUCGCUGACCUUUCCCGUUGCCUAGUGACUUCGAUUUCUAAUACGUCCUUCGACAGGUUUCUUUUUUUUUUUUACUCCCCUCGAAGCCUUCCACAGACUUCUUAGCCAUGGCUUCCGUUGCUGCCGAACGGCAGCCGAAGCCGCUGCACGCCUACCCGACUGAUCUGCAGGACAGCAGCUGCACCAUCGCCCACUACGGCCUCAACAGCACCCGAUUCAAUGCCGUUGGCUACCUGAGUGAGAACACGGUGCUGACCAGCGGCGGCAAGUUCGUGCUCUUUCUUAGCUUAGACAGCGGGGUGAUCGAGUCGCAGGACGGCCCGGAGGAUGGAGCGGUGGGCGCGGUCGCCGUGCAUCCCAGCCAACUCUUCUACGUCGUUGGCGAGCGGCGCCCUGCAGACCCACUCAUCCAGGCCUACAACUGGCCAUCGAAGAAGGUAGCUAAAACCUUUGUCGGCGGCGCCGCGGUUGGAUUCAGCGCCCUCGCCUUCAACCACGACGGGACGCGCUUCGCAUCUGUGGCGAGUGCCCCCGACUACACCCUCGCCAUCUGGGACUGGGCGACGGCGACCCUUCUUCUGCGCAGCAAGUGCUUCAGCAGCGAUGUCUUUACUGUCGCCUUCAGCCGCUUUGACGACUCGCUGCUCGUGUCGGGCGGUGCGGGGCACGUGAAGUUCUGGGCCAUGGCGAACACCUUCACGGGGAAGAAGCUGCAAGGCUCGCUGGGCAAAUUCGGCCGCCACGAAAUCUCCGACGUCGACGCCUUCGCGGUGCUGGCCGACGGCAAAGUCCUCUCCGGCUCCGACUGCGGCGACCUGCUCUUGUGGGAGGGCGAUCUCAUCGUCUGCACCUUCGCCCGCGCCUUCGCGGUCAACGAGAGCGGCGCCAACGGCGUGGGUCAGACGCCGUACGACAUCGUCACCUGCCACGACGGCGGCAUCCACUUUGUGUCGCUGCAGGGCCCGUAUGUGGUGACCGCCGGCGAGGACGGCUUCAUGCGUUACUGGAACCUGCGUGAGCUGGAGGUGGCCUCCGGCACCGGGCUGCCCCCGUACUACGCUCCGACCUGCGUGCACGAGGUCUGCGUCGGCCCUGCCUUCCGCAUCCGGUCCGUCGCUCUGGACGACGAGCACGGGCGGUGGAUUCUAAUGGACGCCUUCGGCGCCGUCGCGACCGUGCCGAACCCCCUCGCUAAAGGCGCGGAGCUGACCGACGUGGUGGGCGAGGACGAGACAGCGACGAUGUGUUUUCAGCUGAACGGCGCCCCGCUGACGUGCGCGGCGGUAUCGCCGGUGUUGCCGCUCGCGGUGACCGGCGGCGUGGAUGGCGUGGUGCGCUGCUACGACGCGGUGCGCUGUGUGGAGCGUUGUCGGCUCAGCUGGUGCCAAGACCCACGCCGUAGCCCUGUCGCCGUCGUCGCGGUCAAAGUGCUGGUGCCGUAUUCCACUACGAAAUGCACGUGCGUGGUAGUGGGCUACGCGGACGGUGUCGUGCGUCUUGUUGAAAUAAUGGACCACGGCAGCGCGAUCCGUAUCUCCGGCCAGUGGAAGGCGCACGCUGACGGUCUUCUCGCGCUCGCCCUGAGCGGGGACGCGACGCAGCUCGCGAGCGUCUCCAGCAGCGGUGACGUCUUCUUCUUCGCGGUGAAGGCGGCCGCAACGGCUUCUUCCAUCAAGCUGCAGCCCCUUGGCUUCUGCACGGCGCCGUUGGCCAAGCCGACGUGUGCGGCGUGGGAUGCCAACGCGACCGGCGGCCACGGCGGCUGCUUGCUGGGCUACAGCAGCGGUGAGCUGCUCUCCAUACGCGCGCCUGCGCCGGAUUCCAUCGACCACGCCAGCGGUUUCGUCUUCCCGUGCACCUACGACCUCGUGGCCAUCCGACAACGUCAGCUGCCACCGCCCAAGACGGAGGCGGAAGAGCUGGACAUUACGACGGAUGCCGCGGCGGUGCUGCAGGAGGAAGACCUCGGUCCGUGGCCGAUUGUCUUCGUGGUGUGCUUGCCCGGUGAGGAGGGCAUUGCGGUGGGCAUGGCGAAGGAAGAGCUGGCCUACCAGUACAAGGCCACCAUCCGUUACCCGAACCAGCUCCGUCUGCCACCCCUGCCCCCCACCGGCGUCGAGCCGCCCAACUACGUGGAGGACCCGCUGAUGAAUUUGUGCUACCGCGGCUGCGUGCCGGAGGCGGCGUACGUCAGCCCCAGCGGCGCCCUCGUCAUCUGCGCUGCUGGAAAUCGACUCCUUCUACGCGAGGCGGCCCACCGCGAUGAACUCUUCCUCCUUGGUGCGGCCCACGACAGCACCAGCGAGUCCGUGACGGGCGCCUUCGUGUCGCACGACGGUGGCCUGAUCAUCUCCGUCGGCACUGAUGGCAUGCUGGUCACGCAGCUGAGGACUGGGCACACGGCCCCCGCGCCGCUGCCAGCCAUCGGAGGAGUCCCUUCGAAGGCAGCAGCCACAACAUCAUUGCUGUCCGCUGCCGCUGCCACUCACGGUGCUGCUUCUGCGGCUGCUGCUCCUGAUCCUGCUGCUGCGGCAGAAGCGGUCGUUGAUGCCCCGACGCUUUCUGUGCAGGAGCAGAAGGACGCGGACGACGCGGCACGGGCUGCGGGGGAGAAGGCUGCGCGGCUGCAGCGCUUCGUAGAGAAGGUGGAGGCGGUCCGCCGCGACUACACCCGCCUGGUGCUCCGAAACGAGCAGCUGCCCCCGGAACAGCAACUGAGUCGGGAUGAAAUGGAGCUCGAUGCGUCGCUGCACGAAGCGCUUGAGAUGGAGAAGCAGCGUCGCGUCAAGGAGGCCGGGAAAGAGUUUGUGCUCGUCACGGCCCGCGAGGAUGCCAAAACAGAGAAGCUAUGGAAGCGCUUCGUGUCCAACCUACUGUGCGACCGCUUUGAGCUCUUUGCCCUGGAGGACGACUUCUCCGUCGCUUCGUUUCGUGUACGCGACCCGCGCGAGUCCAUAGCGCACCUGUCAGCAGCGACGCAGCAGCUGGAGGAGUCGGAUGGCGUGUCCGAUGGGGAAGACAAGGAUGGAGACGACGGAGAGGACGGCGUGAAAGGCGGUCGGACCUCAGCGCAGAACGGUGACGGUGCCGCCGCUCAGCAGCAGCAGCAACUUGGUGUCGCGACAGGUUCACAGAGGUUUGCAAGCCAGACAGCAAAUGCAGAGAGCCGAGCUACGUUAACCGGCGCGGAAGCGACGAUUGGCGCCUCUGUCAGGCAGCAACUGAACAAGAUGGAUUCGCGGCGGUGCGAGCGGCAGGAGCGGCGUCUCGGCUACGAGCAGCUGAUGGCCCGCGCACCGGACCCCGCCGUCGAGGACGCGGCGCUGUCACGCCAGCUGGAGCAGGACCUCAAGCAGCGUGGCGAGUGCACCCUUCGCACAGAUGCCGGCUACCGCAGUGAACACGCAUUUCGACCCACGGCGACCGCCAAGCUGCAGCGCAUGAUCGCGCUGACGGAGGAGAUUGUACGCAUCAAGUCCGCCUUCAACGAUGACCUGCUGAAGCUGCGUGCCGAGAAGAGGGAGGUCCUCACGACGUUCAACGAGCUGCGUGCUUCCCACGCAAAGGUUCGCUUCCAGCUCGGUCUCGCUGCCUCUCCUGAUGCGCCGAAGAUGUCGCUCACGGUCGAGGAGGAGCCGGAGUCCGUGUAUACAAUGGAUCACGAAAGGCUCGAGGCCUACCAAAAACUCAAGACGGAGGAACGCGCCAAGACAGAGGAGGAGAAGAAGGCGCAACGCGGCUUUGGGGCCGACCUUGCUGGGGCACGGGCUCGAGACCGUUCACGAGCGUCGUCGGCCGCGGCGACCGCCAUGACCGGUGGGUCACGCGGCAGCAUCACCGGAGGCGGCGGGUCUGCGGCGGCAAAGCGGCUCACCAAAGGCAGCCACUUCGGCUCGCAGCUGGACCGCAGUUCGCGGCAGAGCACCAUCUCUGGUUUUGCUAUGCGGGAGCGCAUGGACGCGGAACUGAAGGGCAAACUGGAGAACAUCAAGCUCUCCCCCGAGGAGAAGGAGGAGCGUGAGAUGGAGAAGGCGAUACUGGAGCGCGAUUUGAGCCAGAUCGAGACUGCCAUGGCGGCUCUCCGGGCCAGCUUCAACAACAAGCUGGAGGCGCUGCGUCUGCGCCGCGCCAACGUGGACGCCGACCUGAGUCUCGCAUGCGGCCGCCUCACGCUCCUCUUCCGCGAGUACGAACUUCUCCUCGUCUUCCGCUCACAGGAUAAGAAGUUGAAGGUGGCACUCGACUCCGUCAAGCGCGAACGAGAAGAGGUGCAGCACGCCAUCGCCACGCAGCACCUAGACCAGACCGCAAUGGAGGAGCGCAUCAAACAGCUGUCGGUGCAGCUGAAGGCGAGCAACCAAGCCGCUGAGGCGUACCUGGAGGAGCACUGCCCCGCCGAUAAACUCGCGUACAUGAAGCGGCUCUACUACCGUCAGCUGAAGCGGCGCCGCCACGGCGAGGCCGCCGACGACGACGACGACGUCACGAGCGAUGACGAGGACGAGGACGAGGACGACGGUAUCGGCGAGGAGGUGCGGCCGACGAACUGCUCGACCGAGGCGUGGGAGGAGAUGCUGGCCCUGCGCGAGACGCGGCUCGACAUCACCGAUGCCAUUGAGUCCGCCAGGGCUGACGUGGGUGCCACCCGCAAGCAACUGGAGACGUGCGAGCAGUCGGUACAGCAGCUGGCGGAACGGAUGAAGUCGUGCAAGCAGGAGAUUUGCGUCCUCGAGGCACAGAAGCGGCAGGAGCUGAACAUGUUGAACACGGUGGUACCGUUGCGGCUCAGUCGAGUCCGCUGUCUUGACCGCGACGGCCGCAUCCCCGUGAAGCUCUAUGAGGAACCGGUGGUGGUGAUUUCGAACAGUCAGAUGGCGGCGCUGCGGCAGCGCAUAUACGACCUCGCCGCGCAGAAACGGCUUCGUCGGACGGAGGUGAUCAGCAUGGCAGCGGAGCUGCAGCAGCUGAAGGAGGCCUGCGAGGCCGCGCGCCGCGUGUACGAGGAGUGGCAGGCGAAGGUGACGGAGGUGAUGCUGCUGAAGUUUGGGCAGCACGUGGACUUGGAAAUGCUUGAGUCGUGCGGGUCUAGCUGGGCCAUCGAGGCGAAGAAGGAGGAGCUGCGGCAUCUAGAGCUGAGGUGGGCCCGGGAGGUGCGGAAGAUGGAGAACUACAUUGCGGAUCUGCGUACGCGCUUGCAAGGCAAAGUUUUCCAGAACACAAGCCUCCUGCAGAACCUCGGCGAUCUGGAGCUAGAGCGGCAGAAGGUAGAUACCGCGCUCUCCCAAGCAACUUCCAAGACGGUUCAGCAGUACCGCGGCAACACCGUGGCCUCGAAGCAGGAGCGCUUGGUUCUUCGCGAGCUUAUUGCGGCCCAGCAGGAGGAGCUCGACGCACUCAACGCCGAGAUCGUGAUGCUGAAGCGCAAGGGCGGCCACGUGUACAGCCCCGCCAUGAUGUGA